CAGAGAGAUGUCCCGCAUUCCCGAUGACUAUACUUAUUGCACCUCAAUAACAAAAAGUCAAGCUAAUUGAUCGCACGUGUGUUAUCGUUACCCUCAUAACCAAAGAUUGAUUUAGUUGAUAUUUACUACGCAGUUAGUGGAGUUCUUCACAGAUUUUUCAGAGUUAGCUGUCUAAUAUCGAUACCAGUCAUGGACUGGGUUAGAUGUAAUGCUUGUUGGACUAAAGCUGAAAGUAAAAAACUCGCCUUUUUCUUGACGCAGUGCGGCCAUGUUUACUGUGAAAAGUGUGUUCAGAAAGCUCAAGAAAGAUGUUUUCAGUGUGGCACCACAAAUACCGUUUCUCUAUCAUUAGCAGAGCCAAUGAAUCCACAAAUAAUGCAUUACUUUGCUCGUCCGUCAGAUCUUCUCGAGAAAGUCAUCCAGGCUGAGCAAUUCCAAGAUUCGCAGAAAGCUUUGUAUCUACAGCGCGCCGAAGCUCAGGCUAAUAAAUAUGAAUCUAUGAAAGAAGCCUAUUGGACAAGUGUUGAAAAUUUGAAGAAAGUUUAUCAAAAAUAUACUAAACUCAAAGUAGUUUUUAAUGCACAGCAAAAAGAAAUGCGGAAAGUAUUCGUCGAUCCUGCUGCUUCACAUUCAAUGAAUCCUCAAUACCAAAAAACUCCAGUUCAACAUCCUAGAUCUCAACAUCAACAAAACUUUUUGAAUUCAUCUGUUAAUUAUUCUCAAAAUCCUCAUGCAAAGCAAAUGAAUAAUGAAGGAUUUCGUGUGCCAACUAGUACAAGAGUUCCUAGAUCAGCGGGGUACUAUACAGCUUCUUCUUUAAGCUCAACUUCAUCUUGCGGUAGAACGCAUCUUAGUAGAAACAGUACUCCCAAUCAAAAUUACUAUUAGUUGGCAUUUUUCUUUUUAUUAAUUUAGUUUUUUAGUUACAAUUACAUGCAUUUUGUUGCUCCAACAUGCAGAAGGAUACUUGAUCUUGUAUACAUAUGAAAAAUGCAUUUGAUUAUCUUUAAAGAUGCAAAGUGUAAUAGAUUCUUAUAAAAAAUUAAAAAUAGCGACUUUUAAUAAUAUCAUAAUUAAUUAUAGAAGGGAAAAUGAGUGUUAAAAGACUGUACAAUAGCUUAAUAAGAUGUAUUUAUGUUCUUUUGAAAUGAAUCAUGUAUGAAAAACAUCAAUUUGUAAAUUUGGUGUUGAAUAUAUAUAAUGUCUGUGUAAUAAUUUGAGAGACUUCUGAAAUUUUAGGAUAUUUUGAAAUACUGUUAUGAAAAUUCUUGAUAUUUUAAAAAAGUUUCAAAUUAGAAACUAACUUAGCAUCAUUUCACAAUGUUGAUUUUGGAGUUUUGAUUUUGUUUCAAUUUAUGGUUUUGAAUCAAUUUAUGAACAAAAAUUUUAUUUUUUUAUAAUUUAGUUAAUCACAUAUUUUACAAAAAAAUCAAUACUGAACUUCUAUAAUAACUUUUCGCAAUUAUCAAUAUUUCUUGGUGUUAAUAAUUCCGAGAUGGCUUUACAAGAUAUGAUGUGAACAUUCGAAGUGUGGUGUUAUGAGAAAUAAGUUAUUUAAUUGAAUCACAUUAAUUUUAUAAAUGUGAGUUAUUCUUUCAAUUUUUUUACUGCUGAAUGAAAAUUAGUGAAAUAAUCAUUUUAAACUACAAUUACUGUUAGGACUAGAAAAUAUAUGUAAUAAAAUUAAUUGUUGUAUCCUCGAUUACCGCUACCUAAAUAUUGAUACUCCCAUUAUUAAAAUAUAUUUUU